AUGGCACCAGGAAUCACAGACACGGUCAAGGAGGCCAUCACUGGCUCGCCUGCUGAGAACGCCAAAGUCCUCGCAAUGGAUGGCAACAUGAAGAACUACAUGGAUUCGAACAACAGAAUCACCACGGAUUAUGGUGUCAAGCAGACAAACACAGAUGACUCGCUCAGAGUCGCAAGUGCCGAUAAGACCGGUCCUGCAUUGCUUGAAGACCACGCUGGCCGAGAGAAGAUUCACCGUUUCGAUCACGAACGCAUUCCUGAGAGAGUUGUUCACGCCAGAGGCGCCGGUGCCUUUGGUACUUUCAAGUUGUUCGAGAGUGCCUCGGACGUUUCUUCUGCCGGUGUCUUAACCGACACCUCGCGUACAACACCAGUCUUCAUCCGCUUCUCCACAGUCCUGGGAAGCAGGGGUAGUGCGGAUACCGUCAGAGACGUGCANGGCAACUGGGACAUUGUUGGCAACGACAUUCCCGUCUUCUUCAUUCAAGAUGCUCUUAAGUUCCCCGAUGUCAUCCACUCUGGCAAGCCCGAGCCUCACAACGAGAUCCCUCAAGCACAAACUGCUCACAACAAUUUCUGGGACUUCCAAUACCUUCACUCUGAAGCGACCCACAUGUUCAUGUGGGCCAUGUCCGAUAGAGGUAUUCCUCGUUCAUACCGAGCUAAUCAAACAUUCAGAUUUGGUGUGAACACUUACAAGUUGCUCAAUUCUAAGGGAGAGUCUCACCUUGUCAAAUUCCACUUCACGCCUCAUCUUGGUGUGCACAGUUUCGUGUGGGAUGAAGCCCUGAAGUUGGCAGGUCAAGACCCCGACUUCCACCGUAAGGAUCUCUGGACUGCAAUUGAGGGUGGCCAGUACCCGAAAUGGGACUUUGGUAUCCAAACCAUCCCUGAAAGCGAGGCCGACAACUUCGACUUCGAUCCCCUCGAUGCCACCAAGAUCUGGCCUGAAGAAGACUUCCCUGUGAGAUAUAUUGGAGAGCUUGAACUCAACCGCAACCACACUGCUCUUUGCUUACGAAAAAUGCUAAUUUUCUUGUUCAGNCCCGAUGAGUACUUCCCCCAAACUGAGCAGGUUGCCUUCUGUACUGGACAUGUUGUGCCUGGAAUUGGCUUCUCUGACGAUCCUUUGUUGCAAGGCCGCAACUUCUCCUACUCGGACACACAGCUCACUCGUCUCGGCGUCAACUGGCAGGAAUUGCCUAUCAACAAGCCCAUGUGCCCUGUCAUGAAUCAGAACAGAGAUGGAGCCAUGCGUCAUAGCAUCACCAAGGGAACUGUGAACUACUGGCCGAACCGUUUCGAAGCCACAAAGCCUGCCACUGCUGAGGAAGGUGGUUACGUGGAUUACCCGCAAAAGGUUGCCGGCAUGAAGGCUCGCCUACGCAGCAAGAAGUUCUCCGAGCACUACAACCAAGCUCAGUUGUUCUACAACUCCAUGAGCGAACACGAGAAGAUGCACAUCAUGAACGCACUUUCUUUCGAGCUCGAUCACUGCGACGACCCAGUUGUGUACAAGCGCAUGGUCGAGAGACUGUGCGAGAUUGAUCUCGAUCUCGCUCGUGGAGUUGCAGAAAUGGUUGGUGCUGACAUUCCUGAAGAGGCCCGCCGCGUCAACUCAGGAAAGCGCUCCAAAAACCUCUCUCAAGAGGACUUCCCUCCCAAGAACUUGACCAUCUCAACGAGAAUGGUGGCCAUCCUGAUAGCAGAUGGCUACGAUUCUGUUUCUUACAACGCCAUCAAGGCUGCCCUGGCCGCCCAAGGCGCUCUUCCGUUCACGAUUGCUCCCCGUCGUACUCCCAUCUACGCUGCUGGCGAGAGCAAGGACUCUGGAAAGGGACUUGUUCCUGAUCACAACUUGGAAGGCCAACGCAGUACCAUGUAUGAUGCCAUCUUCGUUCCUGGUGGAGCCGACAGUAUUGCCACCCUCCGUAAGAACGGCCGUGCUUUGCACUACGUGAGAGAAGCCUUUGGCCAUUUGAAGAGUAUUGGCGCCACUGGUGAGGCCGUUGCAUUCAUCAAGGAUGCUUGUCAGCUACCCGGUGUAGCUUUCUCUGAGGGCAACGAUGUUGUCGACUCUUAUGGCGUCGUCACCGCUGCUCAGACCGAGGUUAACAGCUUCAAGGAGGCUGUAACCCUCAUCAAGGGUGCAAAGGACUUCACAACAGCCUUCUCAUACGCCAUCUCUCAGCACAAGAACUACCAGCGCGAGCUUGAUGGUUUGGCAAACAUGGUAGCUUACUAG